AUGGAGAUCUUGCUAGAGGCUCGUCCCUCGCGCAAGGACUUCGUAGCGGACUUGAAGGAGCACUUCCUUGGAAGCUUUCAUCCAGCCAGGCGCGUUGCCAGCGAACUCGUAAAGAGGAGGAUAGGAUUGGGUGUCGAUGAGUUACGCCGACUGCAAGAAGUGAGCGGUGUAACAGCAUGGCAUCAUGAAGCAAGCUUCCUUCUAUCACACCUCUCAGAGCGGAGAUUCCUCUUCAAGCUGCGAAUGCUAUAUGAGUUGCACUGUCGUUGGUUCAGCUUUGUCACCCCUUCGUUGAAGGCUAGCUGUGCCCAGCGUUGCAGCGUGCUUCUUGCCAAGCUGUAUAGUGGCUGGGCAGUAAUGGCAGUCUUCUACGGCUCAACGUCCCUAGCUCCUGGUCAACCCGACUGCGCUCCUCCGGAGGCCCUGCUGGAUAAGAUUGUCAGUAGCGCUGUGGUUGCAUGGAUCUCGGCUACAUUCGGCUCAUUGCCCUUUGUCGUGCUACUCUCUGUGUUGCACCGUGGCAGAGAUGGCACCAGCACCAUGCGGGCCAAUAUCUUCUGGGGUUACAUGGCGAUCCACACCGUGUUCUGCGCAAUGGUUGUCAGUAUAUUCCUUGCUAGUGUUGGUCCCGCGGACGGUGAGAAAUUCUUGAUAUCCUCACUCAGCGACCUGCUGACCACAUUGCUUAUCACCCCCGGGCUGAUGACGGUGCUGUUUGGAGCUUGCCUUCUCGUCAGAGCUGAUGAUCUAGAUCUGUUAGACUGGGAACAGGAGGACCUUUUCGACGUCUCUAUUGCAAGUUUUGAAGUUCCACUACAAGAUCUUCAGACAGCUCUGAAGUUGGACUCGGGUCUUUUUGUCACUGUUGUCGCAGAAGUCUUCGGCGAUCAUGCUAGUGCUGUCGAGUUGAAGAGGGAUUCUGUGAGCAGGUUUAGCUCCAUGGAAGCCAUCCUCGUAGCGAAGAGCCAGACCCUGCUGUUCACAGUUGUUCUAGACGAGAUUCAGAGGAUGUCUGCGCGCACUCUCCAUGCCGUCAUUUCGGGUGGUGAUGUCGCUACUGGCUAUAGCGGCUCAGUACCACUGUUUGCGGCUGGAACGAGCUCUCCAUGUGAAGUGUUCGUGCAGGUGACGACUAAAGGAGACGAAGCCGAGCGGCCAGACACCAUACCGGAGAGCAAUGGACCUGAAGGCAGCAAGGAUGUGAUUAUUGGCGUUUCAUUCUUGGAGAAGAUGUUGGCAAGUGAAGAAAAGGGGCCACAUUCGCAACCUGUGCCACUGCGCACAGCCGCAGAGGCAUCCAUUCCGCUCGAGCCCAUGAACAGAGAGACACCACCGCCUGAAGCAACUCCUCAUCCGAAGCGAAAGUCGCAAAUGAGCUCGGAUUCGUGUGCAGCAGAGGCAGAGGCUUCUAUUCCACUGGAGCCCAUGAGAAGCCAGCCACAGCUGCAUGAACCAACUCCUGUCCACCCGAAGCAAAGGUCACAAAUGAGCUCGGAUUCGUGUGCAGCAGAGGCAGAGGCUUCUAUUCCACUGGAGCCCAUGAGAAGCCAGCCACAGCUGCAUGAACCAACUCCUGCCCGCCCGAAGCGGAGGUCCCAAAUGAGCUCGGAUUCGUGUGCAGCAGAGGCAGAGGCUUCUAUUCCACUGGAGCCCAUGAGAAGCCAGCCACAGCUGCAUGAACCAACUCCUGCCCGCCCGAAGCGGAGGUCCCAAAUGGGCCCAAGCUUAUACCCACAGGCCCGGACCUCGCAAUGCUCUGGCUCACAGAGCCUGCAGUCUGGCGAGGUGAGCUGA